UCAUUUUUGGGAGAGAAUGUGGCUGAUUGGGGUCUUUGUGCUCUGCCUGAUAUCCCCAGUACCUGGUCUCUCCCCGGCACAGAGGGAGAUUUCCGCAGCGUUGGGGUCCCAGGUCCUGAUUCCCAUGGAGAUCGAGCUGCGGAGGGAUUCUUCACGAUGUGACGAGUUUACAUGGAAAUACCGGUAUAAAAAUGAUUUUAAGGCAUCGCUCCUGGCAAAAUCUAGAAACUGCAGAGAGCCAACAGUACAGAGACUGCGGAUCUCCGAGAACGGGAGCCUGGAGAUACCGGACGCAGCCAGAGAGGAUUCUGGGAUCUAUACAGUGGAAGUGCAUGAUUCUGGGGGCAAAUUAAUACACAGCGCAAACUACACAUUAUAUAUACAGGCUCCAGUGUCAGAUCCGCUCCUGAGGGUCUCUUGCCGUCCGGAUGGCAGCGCUGAGAUCUCCUGCCGGGUCCAGAACGGAUCAGAUCCGACAUACUCACUGAGUGUGAAUGGAAGGUUAGAGCUGGAUUCUGUCUCCUCAGUGAGUGGGAGUGGAGUUAACAUCACAGUGUCCUCAGCCCCCCCGUGGAAUAUCAGCUGUUCAGUGAGGAACCGGAUCAGUGAGAGAAAUUCCAGCCUGAUUUCCGAGUCCUGCCCCGUUCCUGUGUCAGUUCCUGAUAUCAGGGUCUCCUGUGCUCCGGAGGGCAGUGCUGAGAUCCGCUGCUCGGUACAGAAUGGGUCGGAUCCGCGGUUCUCCUGGAGCUGGAACGGGGAGGCCAUUCAUGGAAAUUCCAACUCGUCACGGGGCCAGAUAUUCCUGCCAGCUCCGGUGUCCGGAAACAUCAGCUGCACCGCGAGAAACACCGUGAGCGACAACAAUGACACGACCAGCAUCUUCUGUCCAGUUCCAGUGUCAGAUCCGCUCCUGAGGGUCUCUUGCCGUGCGGAUGGCAGAGCUGAGAUCUCCUGCUGGGCCCAGAACGGAUCAGAUCCGACAUACUCACUGAGUGUGAAUGGAAGGUUAGAGGUGGAUUCUGUCUCCUCAGUGAGUGGGAGUGGAGUUAACAUCACCGUGUCCUCAGCCGCCCCAUGGGAUAUCAGCUGCUCAGCGAGGAACCGGAUCAGUGAGAGACAUUCCAGCCUGAUUUCCGAGUCCUGCCCCGAAACCUGUGCUAUGACCUGUCUGACCAAGUCAGUCCUUGGUGGCUGCGUUACACUGUUUGUGACAACCGUGCCACUCGUUGUGGUUUGUUUGCACCCCAUGCGAAAACCGAAAGGGAAUCCGUGAACCGCGGGAAUGGAGUCCGUGAUAAAAUGCUAAACAUGUUGAAACGAGACGCAUGUCAAUAAAACAAAUGACACAAAA